UUUAGUUAAUUUUUAGGUAAAAAUUACAAUUUUGUUUAAAAUUAUCUCUAAAAAUUAGAGAAUCAAAAGAAAAAUUACCCGGGAUUAAAUUUUUCUAGAAAUUUCUUUUCGCCCGGGAACAAAUAAAGAAAAAGGUGAUAAAAUCACGCUUCCGGUAUUAUCGUUAUAAAAUAAUUCAAGUUUAAUUUCCCAAAGAGAAAAAAUAUAAAUUCCGUUGGAAUUAAGAAUUAGUAUAAACCGGAAAUAGAUUUAAGUAAAAUAUUGUUAAGUGAAGUGAACAGUGUAGUGUAUAACAUUGUAAAUUAAUUAUAAGUAAUUUUAUAAUUUACUUAAUAUUUAAGAUUAAAUUUAAGUAUAAAAUAGAAAAAAAUAUUUGUUAAGUGAAACAAAUAAUAUACCGGAUAUAGAAAAAAAAAAUUAAGUCUUUAUACAAAUAAAACCAGUAAAUAACGAUUAAAAUCUAAAUAACAGACUGUGUGAAUAAAAAUUCUCGUAGUAACAAGAAAAAGACUUAGUAAAACCAGUAUAAACCAGAAAAAUCUGGAUAUAAAAUUUUGUCACGAUAAAAUUUCAGUAAAGAUUAAAAUUGUAAAGCAAACAGGAAGUAGCUUCUGUUAAGUAAAUAAAAUCAACUAAGUGACAAAAUCACAAAAAUAAAAGAUUUAGAGUUUGUAAUAGCAUAAAAUAAAAACUUAGUCAAGCAAACAAAAACUCUCAUGAAAUAAACCAGAGUAAAUAAGACUAAAAUUUUGCUUUGUAACAAACCGGAAACGAAAAAAUUAAUAAAUUGAAAUUUAUUCAAGAUAAUAAUAAUAAUCGGCUUAGUAAAUACGAGACAAAUACCCGAACAGCCAGAAGAUCGCCUAGGAAUUCAUCAACCUUACUGUCGGUAUAGUAGAAACUUAGUGAUCAAUUCAUUGAUUUACCGCCAUCUACCAGGGUAAUAAAUAACCGUAUUUAUUAGACAAAUAAAUAAAUAAAAUAGAGACAGUUUAUUAAAAAAGUUAUCAAUAGAAACUUAAUAUAUUAUAAAGUAAUAAAAUACAUUUAAUACGAGUAAUAAACGUAUACAGAGACGUAAAAUAAAAUAUAUUACGAGAUAUAAAAUCCAGGUUAUCCACGUGUUCGCAUACUAAAAGGUAUUGAUUUUAAGUAUUUUUAUUUAAAAUUUAACAGUAAAAUAAAUAGAAAAAUAUAAAUUAAAAUUUAUAUUGUACCAGUAGUUAAAAUUUUUAUACUUUUUGCAUAUAAAAUAUUUUUUAAUCCACAUACGUGAUCGCGAAUAAUAAUACAGAAUUAUUGUAAGUCAACAGGUUUAUAUCAACGGAGAUUUUGGUCAGCACGCAACGGGAAUACGUUGCAAACACUUUAUUUAUUAAUCAACUAAUUUUCGUGUUUAUUUUUUUUCGUUUUAUUUUUUAUUUCGAGUCGGAAUUUAAAUUUCUGUUUAUUUUUGCAAAAUGGUUAAGACAAGGAAAUAUACAAAAGAACUUCAAGCAGAAAUGCGAUCGAUGGUAAACCAAUCGAUGGCCGAAAUAAAAAAGGAGGUGAAAGAAACGAUUCAACAGCAUCUAAACACGACAGUACAGCUUGACAACCAGAAUCAAAUACCAAAUAGGACGGACAACUUUGAUCAAAUAGAACAGAUGUCAGAAUCACAAGAAGUAAACAAACAAAAAAAGAUACCAGUAAUUAGAGAAGACAGAAGAUUAACAAAACCUUUGUUAUUUAAAAAACAUGGUGAAUGGAUGUCAGCAGACCAGUACAACUUCAACAAAUCGCCUGAAGAUGACGAAGAAGUAGACAGCGAGGAAGUUAUAAUCCACGCAGUACCAGGAACAGCACAACAAAAUCUAAAUGUAACAACUCUAACACACGAGGAGAGAGUAUGGAGCCUAGAUAAAAUUAAAAGGAACAUAUUCAUGUCAAAUAUAAAACAAGUAGAAGAAUUGCAAGUACACAAUGCAAUCUGGUGCAAGACGAUGGCUGACAUGAUCAACUGGACAAAACAAAGAGUAAAAACAGAAAAAAACCUGACAGCUCGUAUAGAAAUAAUUGAAUCUAUGCCAAAAAUUACCAGCCGCAAGCACGUAGAACAACUAGAACGAGAACUAGGUAUAAAGAAAGGAGAUGUUGGAUAUUGGGAAAAUUCCAUAAUAAAUUAUAUAGUGAAGGAUGUACAGCUAUGGGACAACACCGAAGAUCUGGAGGGAAUUCAAAACUCAACCCAAAUAUACCAGAAAACGCAACAAGAGAUGGGAUCACGUGAGAAAGGAAACGUGCCCAUGAAUAAUUACAACAAAUAUUCAGUGCAGUACACGCAACCUCAAAUGUAUGCGCACAACGGACCAAAUGUACAGUAUACACACAUACCAGACCAGAGAACCCAAUAUCAAGGUCACCAGGGAUUCAAUACAAUGAAUACUACGUAUAACACGCGUGAAGACAACAUGAAGAAACGUGCAGACAAAAUAAAAUCAAUGGAAAUAUUGAUUAGAAGUAACAACUUGAAAUAUACAGCAGAUUCACAGCCUAAACAAUGGUUACAAGCAUUUACUGAGACCUGCAUCGAACAAGAAAUGGAGUUCGAAGAAAGAAUUGACUUAUUAAAAAUAGCAAUAGCCAGUGAGAAAGAAUGGUUUAAACAGAACGUUAACACAUGGACAAACUGGGAAGAUGUCAAAAAAUCAUUUAAUGUGGCAUUUUGUAAAACAACUCUAGACACGGAAGUACUUCAGGAAAUAUUCAGCAUAUACCAAAGGAAAAAUGAAAAUACACAGGAAUUUGUGAGACACAUGAGAAGCAAAUUCGCUGAGCUAGAAGAUCCAAUGACAACAGCAAAACAACUGGAAAUAAUAAAACCAAAGCUGACCAUAGAAAUUCAGAGAGAAUUGAAUUCUAUGCAAAAGGCAACGACGUAUAAACAAUUUGCUGAAUUAAUAUCAAUCGCAGAAAGCAGAGUAGCGGACAUCCGGAGAGUGAAAGAAGCCAGAAAAAUACCAGUACGUAGGCUACAAACAACAAGAGAUUCAGUGAAUGAAUCUACGGAGUCAAGUUCUGAAGAAGAAGAAACAACUAUAUGCAGAGUAAAAAGAAAAAGCAGGAGAACUGCUGUAAAUAAAAUUAAAUCGAUAAAUCACAAUAAAGAUGACGAUAAAAAAAUUAAUGUCAUCUUUAACAGGAAAAACCAGCACAAUGACAGAGAGAGAUCAAGAUCACGAGAUCGCAGCAAUAGAUCUGGGUCCAACACUUCAAGAGGCACGAGUAAAUCUGUAGGAGGCACCUACACGUGCUUGAAUUGUGGAAUGAAAGGCGGACACAAAACCAGGGAUUGCGAAGAGGAUAGAGUCGACGUUUGUGUGCGAUGUUUCACCGUGGGAGCAACAGCUAAACAGUGUAGCUGUAGAAAAAACUAA